AUGUCGUUUAUUUUGGAACUCUGGACCAAGAAAAGUUUUAGGUGUGAUUGUGGAAAUUCCAAAUUUGGAGAGUUCUCGUGUAAACUUUUCCCAAAUAAGGAUGCAGAGAAUAUCGAGAAUUCAUAUAAUCACAACUUCAAAGGUGUCUACUGCACCUGCAACCGCCCCUAUCCACAUCCAGAUCGCCAGGAACAAGAAGAGAUGAUACAGUGCUGUAUGUGUGAGGACUGGUUUCACGAGGAGCAUAUCUGCCAAAGCUCUCCUGAUGAGGUUCCUAGAGAUGAGGAAGGGGAUCCUCAGUAUGAGGAUUUUAUAUGCAAAGCAUGCUCUGCAGUUUGUUCUUUUCUGACUCUAUAUUCUAAGACCAUAUGUGCAGUGGGGGGACAGCCUGUUGCUCCUGUCACCACUAGCAAGGAUAAAAGUGUAGUGGAAGACAUCCCUCCUAUAGAUGACGGAGCUGGAAAACUUGAAAAUGGUGUGUACCCUGAUUCUUCCCAAAAGGAUAAUGUUGGAGCUAUAUCUGAUGUCAAGAAGUUUGUUAUUGGAGAAAGCUCUCAGAAUGAUGGCAUCUCAAGUUCGCCCGGAAGUAUGGCCAGUACACCUGCUACUUGUAUUGUUGGGGUAGACUGGAUGGCUGCAUCAGUCGAUCUGGGAAGUAAACCGCUUUUCCUUUCUAAAAACUGGAGAGGUGCCCUCUGCAUAUGUGGCAAGUGCUUGGAUAUGUACAAGGAGAAGCAAAUGAGUAAUCUACUUGACGAGGAGGAUUCGAUAGCAGAGUAUGAAAAGAAUGCAAAGCAGAAGAGGGAAGAAAAGUUGCCGCGAAGGGAGGGUGCUCAACUAAAUUUCUUUAACAAUCUUGGUCAUAUAGAAAAAAUGGAGAUUCUGAAUGGCAUUGCAGACUUCACGGAGGAGUUCCGUUCGUUCCUGGGGUCAGUUGAUCCUUCGACGGCAAAAACAGAAGCUGAUGUCAACCAGAUUUUCGAGAACCUUAAAAACAAAAGAAGGCGUGUGUAG